AUGUCGGGUGUCUCGGGACACGGGCAGUAUGAUGAUAGAGACCGAGAGCUGGAGUGGUUGCGUAGAUUGGUAAUGGAUCUAGAGCUGGAAGCAAAGGGUCAACGCCAAGAAAGGGACCGCAACCACCGGCAAAGGAGAAAUGAUAGCACGAGAAAUCGGGGCGAAGAGGGCUCUAGCCAAUCCGGUACCCAACGAUUCCAAAACCGAUCACCCUCUCAAGAAUCACGCCGGCGCAAGAAUCACUCACACUCCCGAGAGACAUGUCAUCGCCGGAACCGUUCACGUUCGCAUGGAUACAACGACCGAGGAUCGGAUUCGCCAGAGGAACGACGACCCCACAAUGCUGCCAUGGACGCCAUGAGCCGAGCCUUACGAAGGGCUGCUCAAUCACCAUUCUCCAAUGAAAUUGAACGGGCCCCUAUGCCGAGUAGAUUUACACGACCGCCAAAUAAUUCCUACGAUGGGAAGACGGACCCUGUGGAGCAUGUAUUCCCCUUUAGUCUCGGCUCCAUGGCCCUGAGAUGGUUCAAUGGGUUACGAAAAGGCUCCAUUCGUAGCUUUGCCGAGCUGAUCCAAGAGUUCGGCAGUAGAUUCGUGACGUGCAGCCAAGUGCCGCAGCCAGUGGAUGCACUACUUUCCAUAAAGAUGAGGGUCGGUGAAACCCUUCGGAGUUACGCCAGCCGGUACUGGGAACUCUACAAUGAGAUCGGUGGAGGAAAUGAGAAGAUAGCGGCAAGCACCUUCAGGAUGGGGCUCCCCGAAGAUUCUGAAUUACGGGAGUCGUUGAUGAAAAGACCUCCCGAGGAUAUGAGGCAACUUAUGAGACGCAUUGAAGAGUAUAAACGCCUGGAAGAUGAUCAGCUGCAAAAUAAGGGGAAAGCCCCGUUACUCGAGAGAUCUCAACAGGGCAUUAUUCCGGCAAGACCGAAAAAAGAUUUCAGGAUGCAGGAACCAGAGGCGCAAAUUGAAGGAGUUAAUGUGGCAUUCAAAGAGCCUGUGCACAAAAUUCCAGAUCAGAUUAAGAACGAAUCGUUCUUCAGGGACAAAGGGCACACCACCGAGCAGUGUCGGGUACUAAAAGAUCAUCUCGGGCAGCUAGUAAAAGCAGGGUAUCUGAAAGAGUUUGUAGUGGACUCUGCAGACCGGGAGGCCGGCCAAGGUGUUCAGCAGAAAAGGAAUCCCCUCCCACCACCGCUAGGACUGAUCGAAGUCAUCCACGCUGCCUCGAGAGGUACAGCAGCAGCUAAAGAGGUACUGACAGUGGCUUGCACGGAAGGAGAAUCCCCCGAGAAGAGGAUGAAAGUUGGUCGACUAACCAUCUCUUUUGGCAAAGAAGACUUGGAAGGGACGAUCCAACCUCAUGAUGAUGCGUUGGUAGUAACAGCUCGGAUAAGCGGGUUCUUGGUGAAAAGAGUGAUGAUAGACCAAGGAAGCGGAGCUGACGUGAUGUACCCGGAUCUGUUCGAAGGGCUCGGGUUGAAGAGUCAGGAUUUGGCGAAGUAUGACACGCCGCUGGUCUCGUUUGACAGAAGAGUCGUGAUUCCCGAAGGGAAAAUUUCUCUCUUGGUGGACAAGGAAGGCAAGGAAGUAAUAAUGACCUUUAUAGUAGUCCAAUCAUUCUCACCGUACACUACAGUCCUAGGAAAGCCGUGGAUUCACGCAAUGAAAGCCGUUCCGUUCACCCUGCACGUGAAAGUGAAAUUUCCCACCGAGUAUGGAGUCGCCGUGGUGCGAGGGAACCAACGAGUGGCUAGGCAGUAUGUUGUCGCCGUGGUCAGGUGGAAAAGCGAACAAAUCGGACAAGCAGAGGAGACCGAAAAAGAAACUUUAUAG